CUUGGAAUGUCCGGACCAGUUCAUCGGUGAACAACAUCGUGAACGGGACGUGUGCGAGGCACACACGAGUGGUGCAGUUCCUCGAGUCCUCGUCAUCCUCGUUGUCAUAUUCGUGGUCGGUUCUUAUAUAAUUGAUAAAUGAAAGAUUCGAUUGCUGGUAAUCUUCGCUCCGGAGGCCCCUUUUCUCUUAUACGUGCAGAGCUUUUUGUCGAAGCCCCACCUGCUGCCUGUUAUUCGAUAAAAACUCGUUGGCCGAUGAAAAAGCUCAUGAAACGAGGAUGACGCCGCUUUUCAAUAGUUAAAAUACAAAAAAGCACGCGGAGAUAUUCCCACCGGCGGACAGCGAUUCGUCUUCUCACUCGGACGACGUCACGUCGGGACACUCCGUAGCUGCGGCAUAUACGUAAACGCACACACUCGCAACCACGAGUUAAUAUAGAGAGCCAACUGGCCCGCGGCAACUUACAUACGGAUUCCUCUUCGACGAUGGCCACAUCGUGCAUCCCCCAACGAAAAGUGUCACUUCUUUGAUCUCACUUCGUCUCGCCUGUAGCUCGCGCCUUCUCUCACGCUCGACAAGUCGUUCUCGAGCCACUGAACGACCAACAUCUCUUCUCGCCUUCUUUUUCGAUUAUCAAACAAUUAUUUUUCAAAUCCUUCCCCGAGUUUCGGUGCGCGCAUGUUACAUUAUCAUUGAGGGAUUUCAUCGCUUUUUUAUUCGUCUAAAAUUGACGAUUUUUCCAUCGCUAUCGUCGGGGUUAUACUCAUUAUAAUACUUCUCAAAACUCCAUUCUCGAUUUAUCGAACAGUUUCGACAACGAUUGUAAGUGGUGCGGCGCAACAUUUUCCACGUGUUAUCGAGGAUUAGGUUUAGUAAUGGACCUGUAGCAGCCCUCGAACUCUCAUUCGUGCAUACUCGUCGCAUACGCUUCCGUUACUUUCCCAAUGAACGCCAGCGUCGUUAUACCGGCCAGCGAGAUGUCGAACAUCUACAAUAAUUCAGUUGUUCGUUUUUGGCAACACAUCUUCCAUGAAGUAGCUGAUCCAAGGACGAGGGACUGGUUCCUCAUGUCGUCACCGGUUCCCGGUGCGAGCAUUAUGUUCGGUUACCUAUAUUUCGUUCUGUCAUGGGGACCACGACACAUGGAACAUCGGAAAGCCUACAAACUCAAAAACACACUUAUAUUCUAUAACCUCGUCCAAGUCAUACUCAGCGUAUGGUUAUUCUGGGAAGGUCUCGAUGCUGCCUGGCUCAGAAAAUACAGCUGGAAGUGUGAACCCGUUGAUUACUCCAAUAGUCCUGAAGCAUUGAGGGUGGCGCGAGGUGUAUAUAUGUACUUCCUGGCCAAAAUCUCUGAGCUCCUCGAUACCGUAUUCUUCGUUUUACGAAAGAAGGAGAAACAAGUGACGUUUCUGCACAUGUAUCAUCAUACGGUGAUGCCUCUUAUAUCUUGGGGUGCUACAAAGUACUAUCCGGGUGGUCAUGGCACGUUUAUCGGUGUCAUCAAUAGUUUCGUUCAUAUUGUCAUGUACACCUACUAUCUCCUAGCUGCAGCUGUGCCUCAGUAUCAACAAUAUUUGUGGUGGAAGAAGUACAUAACGACCCUACAAAUGGGACAAUUCUGUCUGGCCUUCAUUCACAGUCUACAGCUAUUGAUCUACGACUGCGAUUAUCCGAGAUGGUCGCUAAUCCUUAUUUUGCCGAACGUCAUGUUCUUCUACUUCUUGUUCUCCGACUUCUAUAACAAAGCUUACAGCGAUGAGGAUAGAAAAUUAAUGGAUAAACAAAUGAAGAAGGAACUUAAGGCGAAGGUGUCGAAGGAAAAUGGAGCUAUCAAGCAAAAUGGUGAAAUUAACGGAGAUGCGGAUGCAAGAAAAAUCACGAAUGCCAAGGUUUCCAAUGGAAAAGUCAAAAAGUCAUAAAUACUAUUCUCGAAAGUAAUAAUAGUAAUAAAAAAACAAACAAAAAACACAUAACAUGAUUGGAACAAAAAUUAAUUUGUGGAGGAACAACGAGCUUAGUGAAACGCGAAAAACUGGAGUGAGUUCUUCGAGUAUUCAAUGUUCUUUCGAAUAGGCUCGUCAAAUGACAGUGAAACUUAGGUGGAUUAAGCGGAGGUUCGAUUUUAAAAAAAUCUGGAAAAGUGGAGGAAAGUUGGUCGGCCAAGUGUUCAAAUAAUGUACCGACAGAGCCAUUGUUUUAUCGAUGCUCUUGACAUCUAACGGAUAAUACCGAUUCCAUUGUGGACGGUAAAAUCUCUUUUACAGCUUGGGGCUCUCAAGUCGUAGUAGAAGGUUUCUGUUUUCAAAUAUUUAUCGACAACGCGGUUGGGUCGACAUGAGUAAUUUCGUGAAUUUUGUGUUUCUACUACAACCGACAUUUCGAUUCGUUGACUUCGACAACUCGUAGAUUUGAUGCAAGAUGCCGAUUUCAGAAUCGAGUCGAUUUUUCUCAAGUAUUAUUUUUGCAUAUUUUCCGAUGCAGAAACAAUUUUUUAGUUUUCGGUACGCUGAUUUUCUUGUGAAUUUCUGAUUUAGGAAAACGGGUUAUUUUUUUUUAUGCCUGCAAAAAUGGGCGAGAAUAAAAAAAUUGUGAGGAAAACGAAAAUCGGAUUGCAUCGUUGAAUUUUCGCCUCCGUUUCACAAAAAGCUUUUCUUUCAAUUGUUUUUUACCUAUUCAAGCUUCCCAUUGAUCGAAGAAUUUCCGCAGUAGAGACUGACCAGUUUUUGUAUUCAUUAGUUUCGCAUGGAACAACUCACGGGAAAGAAAUGUCAGUGUAAUGUAUAAAUUGUAUGAAAAUAUUGUUUAAAGUCAAAAGCGAGAGUUGUCAGUGGUCAGUGGCAAAAAUGUAGCGCCAGAGGACGGGGCUCAAUAUUCAAAUUCCUUUUCACGGUAAAUCGCUCGACGUUACAGGUUUCGUUAACGUGAAAUAGAGGAGCUGAAAUGAGCGUGAAUUUUUUUCUCACAAGUUCAUUUUUCCUGGCACCCCGAUGAAAAUUCUUAACGCGGGAGAAAACGUUAGUUCUGUUCCUGUUCGAUUUUGGAACUUGUGGAAAGAAUUAACAUACCAGAAUGAACGAAGCGUUGAAAAUUGUAUCGUAUAAAACAUGUGCUAACGGAAGCAGAUUCGAAUCAUUUCCUUUGUUUAUAUUUGCUCAAAGAAUAAUCAAGUUCGUUAAAUAUUUUCAUACUUGAAUCGGAAAUUUCGUGAUAGAUCCGCCGCACUUUUGAUUAGAAGCAAAAAUUUUAAACGACGUUCGAAGGCUUCAAAAGUGAAUUUCAACUUAUUCGGAAAAUUCAGGUUUUUGAGGUGAAAAUGUCUCACUGGUUCGUGGUUAUAUCGCAACACUGAUAACGCGGAAAGAACAAUUGUAUUGUUUGCGAAACAGUAGUUAUUUUUUCCGUGUUAUAAAUUUUGCAAUGUUGAAUAAGAGAAACAAAAUAAAUGAUAUAAGAAACGAAGAGAAUAACUUUUCCCGGCUGUUUUCCAUAACAAUGAAACAAAACUUUUCCGUAUCAUUUUAUCUUGAUGCAUACAAACUCACGUAUUUCUUCUGAGGUUACAAAAAUUUUCCAUAGUCGAUUUUUCAACUAGCCGUUUUUUAUAGUUUAUUUUUUUGACAGUUAUUUCAACAGAUUACUCUGAUUCAGCUUCCAAGGGUCUCAAUAAACUUUUGGUUCCGUGAUCCACCACCGCUCAAAAAUAAAAAAUAACAAAAAAAACAUGAAAAAACAACGUGCCAAUGUGUGUUCCAUCGAUGAAUUAGAAAGGAAACGAGAAGAAAACUGAAAAAAAAAAAAAAUAUUUAAGGGAACGUCGUUUCUCGACGUUGCAGUUAGAUCUUGUAGCUGUGUAUAGUGUGAUUGUAACCAUCGCGAGCUCAUAAUACCCUAAUAAGGUAUAGCCUGUACGCUAAGAAUAAGUGGGCUGAGAUAAAACCACGUGCCCGAAAAAUAAUUGCUCAUAUUGUUUCUUGCAUGAAAAACAAAGAAAUGAUUUUAAUUAUAAAAACCGUUUUAUGCCGAAGUGCAACAAGUACAAAUGCACCGUGUGCAUGGCUCUAUGCGGAUAUCGUACUGAUGCCGAGGCGGGCAUGUUAAUAUGUAGAAAUAACAUAUUCUCGUUGAUUUAUGACGCAUCGUUUCGGUAGAAUUUCACCGACUUUUAGUGACGACUAAUCUCUAUAUUUAUAUAAAUAUUAAUUAGUUUUAAUGCUGAGUUCGUCUCGUUGCAAAGCCGCGAAAGAAAACGAACGUUCUAUUUUAGUAUUCGUUAUUAUUAAUUUUAUUAUUUUUCUUUGAUUUUUUUUCUCAUUAUUCUUAUUAUAAUUGUUUUUAUUAUUAUUGCAAUGAAUUCAGAGUUCGGAGCGAGUCCCAAGGUUUUUUCUCAAAGUGUACAACGUGACCUUCUCCGGCUAACUAAUCGUGCCUCGUAGGUCAAUUGUAUUAAAAUUAUUAUUUGUGUGUACCGGAAGAAAAAACAUCGGACCCAAAGAUCAUGGCUUUAAAAUCGACGAGUUGAUCCCAAAUGCGAUUACAUUUCAACGCAAAUCGAGUAUUCCAGAAAAGGCCUAAGAAUAUUUAUCUUUUUUUUAGUCAUUGUUUGUUCUCUUUUCCACGCCAUAAUCACAAUUUCCGGCAAUCGUUCCACUUUUUUUUGUUUCUCAAUACUUCCGCAUUUUGUUGUUCUUUCAUAUCGUCUUCCUCGUCUGAUCGCAGGGGGAAUACGAAACGUGUUGCCAGGAAUGAUAAUAAAACGAGUGUUUAGUGUCAAGUCAUCGAUUUCAUGGCGUUCAGAUUUUUCACUUUUGAUAUCAACAUUGAUGUAUUUAUUGUGUCGUCUUUAAUUUGAAUUUAUAAUAAUUCGAGCAAGGAACAAAAAAAAACAUUCCAUAAUGGCAGCUGGGCUGAACGAAUCUACACUUUGUUUCAUACAGAAAUAACGAGUAAUUCAAAAUUUAUAAGCUCAUUUUCAGAGCGGAAAAUCUACGUAGUUCAUUUGACUUUGAAUUUCUCAUACUAUUCUUAAGAGUAUACGGAAUGUUUCAUAGUGUUUCAUACAUUAAGUAUAUAACCUUGGAUACAUAUUAAUAUACAGUGAGAAGAAAUUUUGUUGACCAACACGAAUUCCGUUGCUUGCAAUCAAAAUAUUUAGGUCGAUGCAGAGAAGAAAAUAUUUUUUCGAGAUAAGACAAAACAAUUUAUAAACGUCGAAACAACUUAUUGGCCGAAUAAAAAAUAUCUGGUACAGCCAAAUGAAUUAAAGUCAGUGGAAAAAAACACCACUCCUUUCAUACACGAUCAGCAUUAGGUGUGUUUGAUACUUUUGAAAAAACCUAGCGUUCGAGCAACUAAUAGUUAAAAUACGUAAAAAAGAAUGGAAUCAGUUGUUGAAACAAAAUCAUUUGCCCCCAACGAAUUAGACGAUUCAUCAACGGGAAAUAUUCGUGAUUCCAUUGAGUGAACUAAAUCAUUUAAAAUUCAACAAGAAAAGGUUGAAUCCGUCAAUUGUUUGCCGAAAAAAAUGAAUUUAAUAUUGGUGAAGUAAUAUUUUUUUCUCGGUGUAUAUAAAAAGUAUACGUCUUUUGAAGAGUUAUCGAAACAUGGAAAUUCACUUGGGACGUAUAAAUGGAACGAAAUUUGAUGUUUUCAAUACGUUUAUUUACUAAAUAAUCGCUUCAAAAUCUCGAACGAUUCAAUAUGAUAGACAACAACGAAAUAUGAAAAAAAAUUCCACCACUUUUCGCUAAUGUACUUUUUGUUUUUCUUUAAUUUUCAAUACAUUUGUCAAGCUCAGCCAAUCUGUAAAUCGAGGGUUUUUCCAAUGAAAAAAUGUGCUUCGACAUUUUGUUGUAUUAUAUCAUAUCAUUGUCAUUGUUCUGUAUAGUAAAAUGUAUCGUUGAAUAAGAAAUAGAGGAAUACAUAUGAAUUAAAUAUACAUAUAGAUACGUAUAAAAUAAAUGAAUGAUCUACGAUGUUGAGCGGUCAAUGUACACAAUUUUAUUAAUAAAUAACAGUUAUAAUAUUA